CCCGCGGCCGGCGCUCGACGCGCGCUGCCUGGCGCCGCCCGGGCCGCCGCCGCCAUGGCCACGGAGGACGAGAUCAUCCGCAUCGCCAAGAAGAUGGACAAGAUGGUGCAGAAGAAGAACGCGGCUGGAGCUCUUGAUUUGUUGAAGGAGCUUAAGAAUAUUCCUAUGACCCUUGAGUUACUACAGUCUACCAGAAUUGGAAUGUCAGUGAAUGCAAUACGCAAGCAAAGCACAGAUGAAGAGGUUACAUCUUUAGCAAAAUCUCUUAUCAAGUCUUGGAAAAAGCUGUUAGAUGGACCUUCAACUGAUAAAGAUUCUGAAGAAAAGAAAAAGGAGCCUGCAUCUUCCUCACAAAACAGCCCUGAUGCCAGAGAAGAAAGCAGUUCAAGUAGCAAUUCCAGCAGCAGGAAGGAGGAGGGUAGUGCUCCCUCAAAUUCUUUCAUCCCUUCUUUUCCCCGGGCUCCAAGCACUUCAGACUCUGUACGAGUGAAAUGUAGAGAAAUGCUCUCUGCAGCUCUCAGAACAGGAGAUGAUUACAUUGCUAUUGGUGCUGAUGAAGAAGAGCUGGGUUCUCAGAUUGAAGAAGCUAUUUUUCAAGAAUUAAAAAACACUGAUAUGAAAUACAAAAAUAGGGUACGAAGUAGGAUAGCGAAUCUCAAGGAUGCAAAGAACCCUAACCUAAGGAAAAAUGUAUUAUGUGGAAACAUUCCUCCUGACAAGUUUGCUAAAAUGACAGCAGAGGAAAUGGCAAGUGAUGAGCUGAAAGAAAUGCGCAAAAAUCUGACCAAAGAAGCUAUCAGAGAGCACCAGAUGGCUAAAACAGGAGGUACCCAAACUGAUCUGUUUACGUGUGGCAAGUGCAAAAAGAAGAACUGUACAUACACCCAGGUUCAAACCCGCAGUGCUGAUGAACCCAUGACAACGUUUGUUGUCUGUAAUGAAUGUGGAAACAGAUGGAAGUUCUGUUAGAAGAAGAAAUUGUCAAGACAUCUGGACCAGUAUGAACGAGGAUUUUGUAAUUAGCUUUAAAAACUAGGCUAAGCAUCUAGCUUCCUGCAAAUUAGAGGGUUUUUUGGUUUUUCUUUUCUUUUUAUUUCAAAGCAGCAUACAUGCCUCAAGUUAGCCUUUGUUUUGACACAACCAUCAUUUCCUUAAAUGCCUUCCUAUAGCUGGUAGUCAGUAGGGCCAGGUUGCUCAAUUGUAUGGUGAAUUUUAAAAUAUUUUUUCAUUUUUAUAAGUAAGUUGACAUUAAACUUUUACCAGUUAAA